UAUAAUUUGGAUUUCGAGAGAGGCGGCAUAGACCGAUGCCUUGUGUAAGCGCCGGAUCAUUCUCGAUGUUCUGCUUGCCUUCCUCUUCUCGUCCUCUUCUCCCUCGAUCUUCUUCCCUCCGUUUGAAAUUCCACGGCUCCUCUCACCUCCAUUUGUCCCCUUCCGCCGUCACUUUUCUACUCCCCAAUCCUCAACGCCGUGUACUCCCUCCCAUUCGCCAUAUCACCCACGCUCGGACCGGUAAACGCGGAAGCUCCGAGACAUCGCCUCCACCGCCAUCGGAAAGGAAGUCCCUCGCCGUGGCCACUGGAGAGCUCUUUUUGGGCCUGGCCUCAUUGCUCAUCAGGAACAGGGGCGGCGACGCAGUCACGGAGAUCUAUGUUCACGAUAGUAUAGGGAAGUCGAGCGAUGUCGUGACGGAGGAUUCUGACGUGAUCUGGGAGCAGAGGGCAGAGGAUGUGGAGGCCGAGAAGAAGCUGAAGAGAUUCAGCAGCCCUGGGUUUAGUUUUUCUGCUGCUGGAUUGUUAUUUCCUUAUCAUCUCGGUGCGGCUCAGUUCCUUCUUGAGAAUGGAUACAUCAAGGAAACUACUCCACUCGCGGGCUCUUCAGCUGGUGCUGUAGUCUGUGCAGUGAUUGCUUCGGGUAAAAGCAUGCAAGAGGCUCUUAUAGCAACCAAGAUUUUGGCUGAAGAUUGUCGUCUUAAAGGCACUGCAUUUAGGCUUGGGGCAGUACUAAGGGGUGUCCUAAACACUUUUCUACCAGAGGAUGUGCACACUAGGUCCAAUGGAAGAAUUCGUGUUGCUAUCACUCAAUUACUGUGGAGGCCCAAAGGUUUACUUGUAGACCAUUUUGAUUCAAAGGAAGAUCUCAUCGAUGCAGUUUUUACAUCUUCCUUUAUUCCAGGCUAUCUAGCUCCUAGGCCUGCUACUCUAUUCCGCAACCGACUGUGCAUUGACGGAGGCUUGACAUUAUUUAUGCCUCCAACUUCUGCUGCAAAAACGGUUCGAGUAUGUGCUUUCCCCGCCAAUCGGUUGGGACUGGAGGGAAUUGGAAUUAGCCCAGAUUGCAACCCUGAUAACAGAGCUACUCCACGGCAGCUCUUCAACUGGGCCCUGGAACCGGCCGAUGAUUGUAUUCUAGAUAAUCUGUAUGAACUUGGUUAUCUUGAUGCAUCUGUGUGGGCGGAGCAGAAUCCUUUGAGUACAGGUGAGGAACAAAGAAACCAAAAUGCAACCACAUAACCCCAAAGGCAGAUAGUGUGCUUAAUUGAUUGAUGUCCGGAUUUGGAAAUCAACCUCAAGAUAUGCUAGUAUAUACAGCUGAUAUAUGUUAAAGCUGGUUUAGUUCACAUACAUCAUAUCCACUCUCAGAAAAGUUUCUGAUCCAUUCUUUUAUCUUCCACAAAAAGUGGAAGCACUUAUUCUUCAUGGAUGUCUAUUGAAUUGCAUUUUGAAACAUUAAAGGCUCAAAAUAAAUUGGAUGGUUGGCUGUAGUCUUAGAAUUCAGGCUGUAAUCACACACAAAUGAUACAAUAUGCAAUUCAAAUAUUGGCUACCUUACUGCCCUUGACU